AAGCCCAAAACUCGCUGGUAUUUUUGCCCAAGAUGCAGGUGGAUCGGAGCUGUGUGGUUUCCAGUACGUGUCUGCUUUUACUUUUCUCAACUCUAAGCUGCAGGGUCAGUGAGGUGGGAGGAAUCCACCAAAGCAUCCCUCCGUCCGUGGUGAAGCUGUGGGCUUCAGCUUUUGGUGGGGAGAUGAAGUCCAUCUCGGCAAAGUACUCUGGCUCCCAGCUGCUGCAGAAGAAAUACAAGGAGUUUGAGCGGGCAGUGCGGGUGGAGGAGAUUGGCGGACUGCGGCUGGUGAAGAGGCUGGCAGAGGACAUGGAGGAGAUGUUUCACAAGAAAGCCCAGGCGAUGAAGAGACUGGUAGAGGCGGCAGAGGAAGCCCACCUACAGCACGAGGAGGAUCCAGACCUACAGUAUGAAUACUUCAAUGCGGUGUUGAUCAAUGAGGUGGAUGAUGUGGGGAACAGCGUAGAGCUGGGAGGAGAAUUCAUCCUGCAACCCAAUGACCACUUUAACAACCUGUCAGUCAACCUCAGUCUCAGCGUGGUCCAGGUGCCCACCAACAUGUACAACAAAGACUCUGCAAUCGUCAACGGAGUGUACUGGUCUGAGGCCUUGAAUAAAGUGUUUGUAGAUAACUUUGAGAGAGACCCAUCACUCAUAUGGCAGUACUUUGGCAGUGCCAAGGGCUUUUUCAGGCAGUACCCUGGGAUCAAGUGGAAGCCGGAUGAACACGGGGUCAUAGCUUUUGACUGUCGUAACCGGAAGUGGUACAUCCAGGCUGCCACCUCUCCAAAGGAUGUGGUCAUCCUGGUGGAUGUCAGUGGUAGCAUGAAAGGUCUCAGGCUCACCAUCGCAAGGCAGACUGUCUCCUCCAUACUGGACACUCUUGGGGACGAUGACUUUUUUAACAUCAUCGCUUACAAUGAGGAAUUGCAUUAUGUAGAGCCGUGCCUAAAUGGAACUCUGGUCCAAGCAGAUGUCACCAACAAAGAUCAUUUCCGGGAGCACCUCGACAAGCUGUUUGCUCAAGGCAUUGGUAUGUUAGACAUAGCUCUGACUGAGGCCUUCAAUCUUCUUGGUGACUUCAACGAGACUGGGAGGGGCAGUGAGUGUAGCCAGGCCAUUAUGUUGGUGACAGAUGGGGCAGUGGACACAUAUGAUGCCAUCUUUGCCAAGUACAACUGGCCAGACAGGAAGGUCCGCAUAUUCCCUUACCUGAUUGGUCGAGAGUCAGCCUUCGCAGAUAAUCUGAAAUGGAUGGCAUGUGCUAACAAAGGCUACUUCACUCAGAUUUCCACAUUGGCAGAUGUGCAAGAGAAUGUGAUGGAGUAUCUUCACGUGUUGAGUCGUCCCAAGGUGAUUGACCAGGAGCAUGACACGGUGUGGACUGAGGCCUACAUCGACAACACUAUGGAUGAUGGUCAAGGUCCGGUUCUGAUGACCACAGUGGCAAUGCCAGUGUUUAGUACCAAGAAUGAGACUAGGAACCGUGGCAUCCUGCUCGGGGUGGUUGGGACAGAUGUGCCUGUCUCUGAGCUGCUCAAGACCAUCCCCAAAUAUAAGCUCGGCAUUCACGGCUACGCCUUUGCAAUCACCAACAACGGCUACAUCCUCACCCAUCCAGAUCUACGGCCACUUUAUGGAGAUGGCAAGAAGCGAAGGAAGCCAAACUACAGCAGUGUGGAUCUGUCUGAGGUGGAAUGGGAGGAUAAGGAUGACACGCUGAGAAAUGCCAUGGUCAACAGGAAGACAGGGACUUUCUCCAUGGAGGUGAAGAAGAGUGUUGACAAAGGGAAGCGUGUACUGGUGUUGCAUAAUGAUUACUAUUACACAGACAUCAAGGGGACUCCUUUCAGUCUAGGUGUAGCUCUUUCCAGAGGCCACGGGAAGUAUUUCUUCAGAGGGAAUGUCACAGUUGAGGAAGGACUUCAUGACUUGGAGCAUCCUGAUGUAGCGCUGGCAGACGAAUGGACAUACUGCAACACAGACGAGCACCCAGAGCACCGCUACUUGUCCCAGAUAGAGGCAAUCAAACUUUACCUCAAUGGACAUGAACCCCACCUACAAUGUGACAAGGAGCUGAUUCAAGAGGUUCUAUUUGACGCAGUGGUGACUGCCCCUUUGGAGGCCUAUUGGACGAGUCUCGUGCUCAAUAAAUCAGAGAACUCCGAUAAAGGGGUUGAGAUAGCUUACCUGGGCACAAGAACAGGCCUGUCCAGAAUUAACCUGUUUGUGGUGCCUGACGAGCUUACAAACCAAGACUUCCUGACAGCUGAAGACAAAGAGGGGGUGUUUAACGCCGAUCACUUCCCCCUGUGGUACAAGAGAGCAGCAGAACAAGUUCCUGGUACCUUUGUCUACUCUCUACCUUUCAACUCAGGAUCAGAAAACAAGAGUGUUGUAUUGGCCAGCACCGCCAUUCAGCUUCUGGAUGAGAGGAAAUCACCCAUAGCUGCGGCUGUGGGCAUCCAGAUGAAACUGGAGUUCUUUCAGAAGAAAUUCUGGACAGCCAGCAGACAGUGUGCAGCAUUGGAUGGUAAAUGCUCCAUAAGCUGUGAUGAUGAGAACAUUAACUGCUACCUCAUUGACAACAACGGCUUUGUUUUGGUAGCGGAGGACUAUACUCUGACAGGAAAAUUCUUUGGAGAAGCAGAGAGAGCUGUAAUGAAUAAGCUUCUGCAGAUGGGCUCUUUCAAGAGGGUCACUUUGUAUGACUACCAGGCUCUAUGUUGGGUUUUUUCUGAGAGCAGUGACAGUGGACACACACUGUUGGAUCCUUACUUUGCUUUCUUCUCCGCUGUGAAGUGGAUCCUGACUGAGCUUGUCAUAUUCCUGGUGGAGUUUAACCUGUGCAGCUGGUGGUACUCUGACCUCACAGCGAAAGCUCAGAGGAUAGGUCGGACCAUGCAGGUACCAUGUGACACAGAGUACCCGGCCUUUAUCUCCGAGAGAACCAUCAAAGAGAACUUGGGCAAUGUUGACUGUGACGGCUGCAUCAAGUCCUUUGUGAUCCAGCAGAUCCCCAGCAGUAAUCUCUUCAUGGUGGUGGUGGACAACAAGUGUGACUGCAGCAUGUUUGAGCCAAUAACCAUGGACCCCAUCGAAAUCAUGUAUAAUGAAUCUCUUAAGUGCGAGAGGUUGAAGAUGCAAAAGGACAGGAGGCGCCCAGAUACCUGUCACCCUUUUCACCCAGAGGAGAACUCAAUGGAGUGUGGAGGAGCUGUGGGUCUCACCCCGUCUCUUGUUGCAACCCUGUUCUGCGUCCUCCUGGCACUGUUCUGUAGGUGACCAGAGCUGGCCACGCCUCUCCAUCUACAACUUGACUUGAAUCGGCUUGGCUCGGCAUGCAAAAGAAUCGCAACGAUGCCACAGAAAAAAACACUCCUGCCCCUUAUAAAACUGUGCCCAAUUCCAACUCACCACCUAUGCCCCAAGCCCUGAGGUACCUCCCUACAAGACACUUAUUUGAAAGGAUUGAUAAUGGAUUACAGCUGCUAAGUAGUGAUCAUUACGGUGCUUUAGCAAUAUCACAUGAGCUGCACGAAGAGGUUUUUGGGGAGAUAUAAAGUUUUGAACAUAGAAUCAAUGCUAUCAAUGUACACAGUAGCUUAAAAACUGCACAAGUGGUCCAGUAAAAGCCACUGACACUCACACCACUAUGUUCAGUCCUUUCAGGUAGCAGCUAAGGGCUGGGGUCUGUAGUUGGCCUUGGAACUGGGCAUUAGAGACACUUUACACCCAUGUGGAGAAAGACAGGUGCACCUUUUCCCUGGCCCACUUUGACUUUUCAUGGACAAUAAUGAUUCUGAAGAUAAAAAAUAAUACUGAAGAUGAAGAUGAUUAUAUGUGGCUGGGGUUGUAAUAAAAUGUUUGUCUAAUGAUCUUUUUUUCAUGAUGAGAAAAUAAGUUCUAGUCUAUAUAUGAAGAAAAAAGUUUUAUUUAUGAUUUGCAAGUGGUACCCAUAAACUGUGACUAUGAGAUUUUGAGUCCUCUGACGUGAGUGGUUGUUAGUAUUUGAGCUUUGCC